GUCUAGUUCAGGGUCUAGGGCGGCGCGUCACUUCCGGUAGCGCGGAGCUUGUAAAACACCCUGGAGAGAAAAUGGCGGCGGCGGCGGCGGCCUCGGCGCCCCAGCAGCUUUCGGACGAGGAGCUUUUCACUCAGCUCCGCCGUUACGGCUUAUCCCCGGGUCCGGUGACGGAGAGCACGCGGCCGGUGUACCUCAAGAAGCUGAAGAAGCUUCGCGAGGAGGAGCAGCAGUCGCCGCAGACGCCGCCGCCACAGCCGCAGCCGCACCGGGCGGGGGGCCGCGGCACCAAGACGCGGAACAGUAAUAACAAUAACACGGCGGCGGCGGCGGCGGCCUCGGGGAUGGCGGGGGCGGGCCGGGCCGGCUCGGGUGACCUCCCGUACUUACGGACCCCCGCGGGCCUGGGCCGCCUGGCCGCCUCGGUUCCCGAGAGCCCCCUGGGAGGAUCCGGGGGCGCGGCGAGCGUCCCCGCGGCGGGCAGCAAAGUGCUGCUGGGCUUCAGCUCGGACGAGUCGGACGUGGAGGCCAGCCCCCGGGAGCAGGCCGGCGGCGGCGGCGGCGCGCGGAGGGACCGGGCUGCGCUCCAGUCCCGCGGGCUCAAAGCGCCGCCGGCGUCCCUGGCCGCCGCCGAGGUGACUACCAGCGGCCACUCGGGCGAGCGCAGGAAGCCCCACUCGUGGUGGGGAGCACGGCGGCCGGGGGCGUCGGAAGCGCAGCCGCCGCCGGGCAGCGACGGAGCCGCGGAGGACGGCGACGAGGACAUCGCGGACGGCGACGACAGGGACCCCGAGGCCGACGAGCCGCUGUGGGCGAGCCGAGCCGUGAACGGCAGCAGGCUCCUCCCGUACAGCUGCCGGGAGCACUACUCGGACUCGGAGGAGGAGGAGGACGGCGGCGGCGACGUGGCCUCCGGCAGACAGGUAGCCAAGGACGACUCCGCGUCGCCGGCCCGCCAUCGGCCCAGACGGAGCCACCACAGUAAGCCCUUCUCGGCGCUGCCUGCUAAAUCUGGCGGCGGCCGGCUGGAGACUUCGGCUCCGGGAGGGGGAGGACUGGCGAUGAAUGACAGGGCGGCGGCUGCCGGGAGUCUAGACUGGAGCCGAACCCUCGAGGAGGAGGCGGCGGCCGAGCCGGGAGGAGGGUGCGAGCCGGUGGACUCCAGCCCGCUUCCUCGACACCGUGCUGGCGCCAAGAAGCUGGCGGCCCCCGACGUGGACUCAAGCUUGGAGUCGCCCACGGGUUCCCUUCUCAAAACCAACAACCACAUAGGCGGCGGGGCCUUCGCUGUGGAUCCCCCCGGGGUGUACUCCAACAGCCUGCCUCCCGGCGCCGGCGCCCCUGCCCCUCCGUCGCUCAGGGUCAACCACGCCAACCACACUGGCUCCAAUCACACCUACCUGAAAAACGCCUAUGGCAAGCCGAAGCUCUGCGAGCCCGAGGAGGAACUCCUCCAGCAGUUUAAACGGGAAGAGGUGUCCCCCACGGGCAGUUUCAGCGCGCACUACUUGUCCAUGUUUCUCCUGACUGCUGCCUGCCUCUUUUUCCUGAUACUGGGACUCACUUACCUCGGGAUGAGGGGGACCGGAGUGCCGGAGGCUGGAGGACUCAUAAAAAACCCCUUUGAUGAAACAUUUGGAAAAAUACAAGAAAGUGAAAGAAAUCUUAUGAUGAGCACAUUAUACAAACUUCAUGAUCGAUUGGCCCAGCUUGCAGGAGAUCAUGAGUGUGGCAGUUCCAGUCAAAGGAUGCUCUCUGUCCAAGAAGCAGCUUCGUUUUUAAAGGAUUUAGACCCUGCGUAUGAAGAUGUAUUUAAUACUUCAUUGCUGUGGAUUUUAAAAAAUGGGAAAGAUGUUGGAAUAAGGUGUAUUGGUUAUGGGCCUGAGGAAGACCUGGCAAAUAUAACUGAUGUGCAGUUUUUACAGUCCACCAAACCCCAGAUGUCUUUCUGGUGUCGUUUCCGACGUGCUUUCAUUACUGUAGCCCAUAGGCUGUUGUUGUUGUGCUUAGGUGUAGUGAUGGUUUGUGUUGUUCUACGUUACAUGAAAUACCGCUGGACUAAGGAGGAAGAGGAAACAAGGCAGAUGUAUGAUAUGGUGGUAAAGAUUAUAGAUGUUUUACGAAGUCAUAAUGAAGCUUGCCAGGAAAAUAAAGAUUUACAACCUUAUAUGCCUAUUCCACAUGUUCGAGAUUCCUUAAUACAACCCCAUGACAGGAAAAAGAUGAAGAAAGUCUGGGAUAGAGCCGUUGACUUCCUUGCUGCUAAUGAAUCUAGAGUGCGCACGGAAACACGAAGAAUAGGAGGUGCAGAUUUUCUGGUCUGGCGGUGGAUCCAGCCUUCUGCAUCCUGUGACAAGAUAUUAGUAAUACCUUCUAAAGUAUGGCAAGGCCAAGCAUUUCAUUUAGAUAGAAGAAAUUCACCACCAAAUAGUUUGACACCAUGUUUAAAGAUUCGAAAUAUGUUUGAUCCAGUCAUGGAAAUAGGAGAUCAAUGGCAUUUGGCAAUUCAAGAAGCAAUUUUAGAAAAAUGCAGCGAUAAUGAUGGCAUCGUUCAUAUUGCAGUAGACAAAAACUCACGUGAGGGUUGUGUGUAUGUUAAAUGUCUGUCUCCGGAAUAUGCUGGAAAGGCUUUUAAAGCAUUGCAUGGCUCUUGGUUUGAUGGGAAGUUGGUUACAGUAAAAUACUUACGACUAGAUAGAUACCACCAUCGCUUUCCCCAAGCUCUUACUUGCAACACUCCCUUGAAGCCAUCAAAUAAACAUAUGAACUCUAUGUCGCACCUGCGCCUUCGGACUGGCCUAGCCAAUUCUCAAGGAAGUUCCUGAAGAGAUCCCUUCACUCCUAGGACUUUAUUUAAAUAGGAAAAGUUCCCGUUUGGCUUCCCGUCUUCCUUUUAAAAUGAUUUUUGUAUGUAAUAUUUUUAUUGCUGAGGACAGCUGUUUGAAGGUUGCAAAGGGAUUUAGCAGUGCAGCAGCAAUGCUGAGUAGGCAGAAUUACUGGUUUCUUCAGGCUAUGGAGCUCAGUUGAGCCAAUGCAUUUUAAGUUGUGCACGAGGAGCACUGACUUUAUAUGAAGCGUUUCAGAGAUGGUGGUUAUAUUUUUGCACUAAGAAGUGAUUAGAUAACCACACAAAAGCAUGGCGAAGCAGCCUUUUUAUAUUUCCAUAAUUUCUUGUGAACGAAUGUGAAUUUUUGUAUACAGUCCGCUGCGUAGUUCCUUACAAGCUACUGUGGUAAAACUGUUCAUUUCCCACUUCAAUCUUAGGUUUCUGUUGCUUGUAAAAGGUUCAUUUACUGCAGCUGGAAUAUGGGGAAAUUUAUUUGGUUUUAAUGGUUGCAUACAUGUGUAAGUGGAUGUACAUGUACUUAAAUUGACUUUUGUACAUAUGUAUAAAUGCUGAUGGUAGUGAAAGUCUUGUUUUGUGAGAAUGUCUGCAUUAGCAGUACAAUAAGCUUUAUUUUAUUCAUAAUCUAAUUUGUGUAUAUAUGUAUGUGCAUAGCUGUGUGUUUAUGUACAUAUGUAAUUGUACAUAUGUACAUAAAUACACAGAUAAAUACAUAUGGCUGUACUGUCAUAGAUGAUCAAACAGCCAAAUACCUGGAAGUAUUAGAUACAUUGUUUAAAAUACCUUUUAUAGAUUUUAUAUAAAAAUGCCUGAGUAUGAUUUUGUGUAAAAGUUCUGGCACCAGUUGUAAUGAGUUCAAAUUUAUGUGAGCAAUAAAGAAGCAAUUGGCAGAUACUGGAAAAAUAUUUUGUGAAAAGCUGUAUUUAUCAUAAAUACUGGGGCUAUAGCAGUGCUAUUGGGAGUAUGUCAUUUUUCCAGUCUGUUUAUAGCUCCUGUUCUAUGUUCAGUGUAGAGCAGGCAUGUUGUUGCAGCAAAAUGUAUUAGACAAAUUAUCCUUGGAAUGUUGGGCCACGAAAGUUUGCAAUGUAGAAAAUGCACAAAUAAAUGACCAUUGGUUUGUGUUUUAGUGUUUGUUCAGUAAAGCUACUUUAUUAUUGCUUAUGAUUUCACAUCAGAAUAGUUACUGAUCAAGGUUUAUUUGUAACCUAAAAAUUGGCUUUUUGAAAAAUAAUCUUCUGGAUAUAUCAUUGUUGGUCCAAAUGAAUAUGUGGCACAGCUGGAUUACCAAUUGCAAUACUUGUUUAAGUUCAGCUUUCUUUUUGUUGUAUAUGUGUUGGGUUUGCAGCAUGAACUUGCACAGAUAUGCACGUUUUCUGCUUAGUAAACAUGAUGCACACUAUUCUGUAAGAAAACCCUUUGUGCCUUACCUGUGUGCUUCUGUGGGCACCAUGUUUAUGAAGAAUAAAUGUCUGUUAUCAGAAGAGAGUGAAUGUUAAAUUCUCAAUUUAUGUCUCAGAUGCUAACGUGUUAAAAGUAUAAAUAUAUAAUAUAUAAAGUAACCAGUCUUUCUGUAUUUUAUGUGCAUCAUAGUGAUUUAUUUGAGCUUAGUGACCCUAUCUUGUAACCUGUUGCAAGAGUGAAUGUAAAAAAAUAGUUGUGGCAUUUUAACAGGUCACCUUUGGAUGCAGAUGCAUCUUUUUUUUUGCUUUUAAGAUGUAUUUCAUGUAUACAUUGUACAUUUAUUAUUGUAAUAUAUACUAUUAUGUAGCUUAUUUUACCUGGAACUCUUUAAGCUGACCAAGAGUCCUCCCUAGAAGACAGAUGGGAAUGUGUAUAAUAAUUAGGUAUUAUUUGAAAAGUUCUGGUUUGAUGUAAUCUGUUUUGUUUUGUUUUUUUGUUCUGUUUAAAAAAGAAGGAAAACAUUCUAAUUAAAAAUUUAUUAGGUUUUUUAAAAA